AAUAUACAUAUUGUUAGUAAAUAUUUAUUAUUUAAAAUCAUUAAUUGUAAUAUAUAUCUUGAUCACAUUAGGUAAUUGCGUUAUUUUUAUUUAAGGAAAAAAUAUAUAAUAAUUUCAAUUUAAUAAAUGAAAGAUCUAUAAUUGACAUACUAUAUAAUAUAAUAUUCCCUAGCAAUUUAUUUUAAACUAACAAAAUUUUCAAUUGAAUCUCAAGCCGCCAUGUAAGCAAAAUUAGUAUUCCAAUUACGUGAUAACUCAGUAAGAUCCUUUUUUAAUUAUUACAAACUUACCUCAAUUAUUACAAACUUAAGGUAAGGUUACAUCUUUUCUGAGAGAGAAUAUACUUUGUGUUAAGAACAAUGUGGAUUGCUAGUAACCAUACCAAAGAAGAACGGACCGCGUCCGGCCCAUGUCCAAGACUGCGUCCGCACAAGGAGAGAGAGGCGGCCAAAGCAUGGACCGACCUUAGGAUUAGAAGUUUCCUUUUCUCUUCAUGUUUAUCUUUAAGAGGUUUUCCUUUUUUACUUUAGGAUAAGGAUUUGUACUCUUUCCUUUUAUCCUUAUCUUGUAAUCCUUAUAUAAGGGAACACUUUGAUUAAGUAAUAAUACACACGAUUUCCCCUAUUGUUCACAACACGUUAUCAGCACGAUAGCCUCUAAAUCCCUGAGACCUAAAUCGAAACCUAAAAGUCUAUAACCGGCGACUCAAAGCUAAAACCCUAGACGUUCUCCAUCGUCCUAAAACCUAGACGUCCUCAAGACCGAACGUCCUCAGCUUCCUGAUCGCGUCCUCAGCUCGAACACGAGAAGAACGCAUCCGUCCAAGAAACAGCUCGCAGCUCGCGUCCGUCCUCAGCUCGCGUCCGACUACAUCCGCGAGCCGAUAAGAGGCAGCAAGCGUUCACUCUCCUCAGCUCGAAGUUUCAUCCAUUCUCAGGUGGUCCGGUUCUAUACCUCUGCGAAACAAAGGUAUGAACAUAAUCUGAGAACAUAGAAUAAGAACAAAACCCUAAUCCAUCAUUAUGGAAACUAUAUUCUCGAUGAAACCCUAAAAGAAACUAGAAGAUUAAAAUCGACAAGUCUUAAAACUAGAAAGAUAUAUGAUUCCAAUUAGAACUUGAUUGUAUGUUGAUUGAUUAAAUCUGAAACCUGACAAACCCUAAUGAAGGAAUCGAAAACCCUAAACCCUAAAAGAAGUUAGAAUCCGAUUUUAAGAUUGAUCUUGCUUGUUUGAUUUCUUGCUUGAUUUGAGGUUUAGGAAUGUUAGAUUGUUUGAAAUAAUCUAACUAAGUAUACAAAUACUUAAGGCCUUGAAACCUUAACAAGAUUGAUAAGAAUUUAAAAGAUUGGAAACCCUAGGUAUUAUGAAAGAAGUAAGUAUAAGGUAGAUUGCUUUACAUGAAUCCGAACAUGGUAUUGCAUUCAUAACUGAUUGUAACAAAAUCGACCAACAUAUAGAUCACACGAGUUUAGGUUGAUUGCAUUAGUAAACCUAUAGAGCCGUGUGGUUCAUGAUUGAUAGCAUCAUGGUCGAUUAGUAUUGUUUUUGAACAUCAUAAAUGCGUAAGACAUGUUGUGGCCGAGCUUGCUUAUAUCCUGCGGCCACGUGAAUCACAUUGUGAACCUAAUACCUUAUAUGAUAAUGUGAUUCAGAUGUCGAAAAUAGCAAACAGAGACUAUGCAGCCCUUAAUCUCUCCGGAGACAAUUACUUGCAGUGGGCGCUAGAUACAAGGAUUAGUCUAAAGUCCAAGGGACUCGGUGAUACUAUCACCGAGGACAACAAUGAGAAUGAAAAGAACAGAUACAGAGCCUUAGGCCUUAUGCGUCAUCAUCUCAUUGAAGGUCUUAAAGAUCAGUACAUGACAAUUGAGAAUCCACUAGAUCUUUGGAAUGCUUUAAAGAAUAGAUAUGAUCACCAAAGGAUGGUGUUGCUUCCGAAGGCAAGGCACGAUUGGAUGCACCUAAGAUUUUUAGACUAUAAGUCUGUGGAUGAGUACAAUUCAGCUUUAUUCAAGAUUGUCUCAAUACUAAAGCUUUGUGGUGAAGAAGUAUCUGAUAUGAUGAUGCUUGAAAAGACCUAUACGACUUUCAAUCAGUCGAAUUCUGUGUUGCAAGAGCAAUAAAGAACAAAAGGUUUCGCCACAUAUACUGAUCUGAUCUCAUGUCUACUCUUGGCCGAGGCAAACAAUGA